AAGCGUCUUCCCGCGCGCCAGCCUCCUCAUUCUCGCUGGUCUUCGGCGCUAGCUGUUGUUGCUCUAGCCGUUCCGUCCCAGGACCCAAAUUCACUGCCAUGUCUUCUGAAGAAGGGAAACUCUUCGUGGGAGGUCUUAACUUCAACACCGAUGAGCAGGCGUUGGAAGAUCACUUCAGCAGCUUUGGGCCUAUCUCUGAGGUGGUGGUCGUCAAGGAUCGGGAGACUCAACGAUCCCGGGGAUUUGGUUUUAUCACCUUCACCAAUCCAGAACAUGCUUCAGAUGCCAUGCGAGCCAUGAAUGGAGAGUCCCUGGAUGGUCGCCAGAUUCGUGUGGAUCACGCGGGCAAGUCUGCCCGGGGGACCCGAGGGGGUGCCUUUGGUGCCCAUGGGCGUGGUCGCAGCUACUCCAGAGGUGGUGGGGACCAGGGCUAUGGGAGCAGCAGGUAUGACAGUCGACCUGGAGGAUACGGAUAUGGAUACGGAAGAUCCAGAGACUAUAGUGGCAGAAGCCAGGGUGGUUAUGACCGCUAUUCUGGAGGAAAUUAUAGAGAUAAUUACGACAACUGAGAUGAGGCAUGCACAUAAUGUAGAUACACAAGGAAUAAAAAUUCUUCUGAACCAGGAUCGUCCUUCCAGAUGGCUGUAUUUAUAAAAGAUUUUUGGAGCUGCACUGAAACAUCUUUGUUUUAGUACAUCAACUUCUAUUUUUGAAUUAAGCUCCCAGGGUAGCCUGUUAAAAGACCUUUUAGUAAAUGCCAUAUGUUUUUAAAACUUUUUUCUCCCAUUUAAAGACAAAUUCUGCGACAUUUGUAGAGUCUGGGUAUUUUUCCUUUGACCAGUUUUCUAGUUUGGGCACUCAGGAUUAUUCUGGCAGACAAUUUCAGCCGGGCCGAUUUUCCCCCCCUUUUAAUUAUUGAGUAUCUAUAGGAACAUUUUAAAAGUUUUGUACACAAUGUUUCUUUUUCAUGGUUAGAAAUUUCCGAAUGUACCUACAAGAAAUCUGCAUCGAUAAUGAUUACUUAGAGGUGUUUUUUUACUCUACAUUGAAAUCACCACCCUGAUUAUAUAGAAGAGCUUAAAAAUGUUUGUGAAUGUCAAUUUUUUUUUUUAAUACUGGAAGAAAAAAUAUUCUGUUGUGUUUCAUGUAGUGUUUAGGAUGUCCUUCAUGGAGCCAAUUAAAAAGAUGAAAUCUGAAAACCGA